CAUUCUAUAAUUCAUCAACCAACAACAAGCAACACAAAAACUUGAAAUCUUUUCAUACAUCUCUUCAAAAGCUUUUAAAAAGUUCAAAAUUUCAGACAAAACCUACAGAAAUGGCUUUGGUGAGAAGUCUCUUCAGUGCAAAAAAGAUUCUUAGCAGAGCAACCUCGGCAGCGCCAAAAGGGUUUCUUGCGGUGUACGUAGGAGAAAGCCAGAAGAAGAGAUAUGUGGUGCCAAUCUCAUACCUGAGCCAGCCUUCGUUUCAAGCUCUACUAAGUAAAUCUGAGGAAGAGUUUGGGUUCAAUCAUCCAAUGGGCGGCUUAACAAUCCCUUGUCCUGAAGAUACUUUCGUCAAUGUGACUUCUCGGCUUCAAUGAUGAUUGAUGUUUGUCUACCAUUUUUGUUCUUUGAAUUAGAAGUAGACUUAUUCAUUGUACAUAUAUGAAUCUUUUUCGAUAAUGUAACAGAUUGUGUUCCUUUGUCA